AUGCCGACCCCCAAAACCUUCUACAAGGUCAUCCCCUUCCUCCGCGGCUCAAUCGCCCUCCUAACCCUCGGUUGCUUCAUAACCCUCCUCUCCUACCCAAAACACCCCGACCAAGUCGACUUCAACGUCCUCCAACAACUCGCCCUAAACGCCGCCCUCCUCUUCUCAUACUCCUACUCCCUCUACACCAACAACUCCCUCAGCCAUCAACCUCUUUCUCCAAUCUAUCGCAUGUCACUUAUCUGCACCGCGUUUGUGUUGAGUUGGGUGUAUGGUAUGGGACCCCUGGUGAAGAUUCUGGGAGGUAAUGACUGUAAGGCUGAGGGGACGCGAGGCGGAUGUAUGAUGCAGUUGUCGGUGUCUAUCAUUGAGGUUGUUUGGACGAUGUUGAUGUUUGCCGAGGGGUUGUUGACGGAUAAACGGAACCGGGAUAAAGCCUACAGACAGGAAAUGGGAUGGGCGAUCCAGGAGGAGGAUCAUGUUCUGGCAAGUCGAGCGCGGGCGGCUCAAGCGGCCGCAGAGGCGAAUGGCGUUGUGGAAUAUCGACCGGAUUUGUCGUUGGAGAGCGCUGGAGGAGCAGGAACUGCAGGAGCAGGAAGGAGGAGGGUCGUGGGAGUUGACGAUGAUAAUGAAGUUGAAGGAGAAGAGAUUGAGAUGGAGGAACCUCUGCCGCCAUACAUGCCAAAGGCACAGUCGAACCAAGCCGUUAUCAUCGAUAUGACCAACGUGCGACGACCACGCCAACAGGGACAACAGGCGCAAGAACAACAAGAGCUUGGUGAAGGCGGUGACCAUCCAUCGUCGCACGAAGUACAAGAACAAGGACAGGAAGACACCCAAGGACAGCAGGAGCAGCAAGUGGAUCGAACGGCGUCGAGAUUAGGCGGCGUAUCGAUGUCAUCAUCUUCUUCAAGUUCGACAAUAGCUCCUCCACCACCCGUACAGCUGCCUCCACUUCUACCAGCACACCAACAACAACAACAGCAUCCAAAUGCUAUUCACCCACAGGGAGGGCCAGGCACCGGACUCCCACGCGUCCCAUCCUACUCGGAAUAA